GGGCUAACGAAGCGGCAGCAUUUGCAUGACGGAGGCUGCUCGUGCGGGCGGUAUUUGGGUUGGCAGAAAUUUACUCCGUAGCAGGGAAAAUGUCACCGGUGGGCUCCUUCAGACCAGACUCACCCGACAGCUUUGUCGACGAGGACGACUACGAUGACGUGUCACUGUCCGAGCCCGAUCGCAACCACAAGAAGCCGCCAGCUGAAGAAGACCUGCAAAGCCAGAGGAACAAGCGAGGCACAGGCGUUUACGUCCUAGCGGGGAAACCAGCGUCUUCGAGUCCCAUCAGAACGGGUGACUCGGAGGCCGGGGCCAGCGCAGGAAAAGGCUGCCGAGAGAUGCCGAUAGUGAUCCUCUACGUUCUGGUGGCACUGAGUUUUGCCAUGUGGGUGGUCAUCCUCUCGCUCGUCCUGGUGAAAUACUCGGAGCUCUCGAGGGAGUUGAAGAUGUUGAGCUCUAAUUACUCCGAGAGCGUGCUGCCAGAGCUGGCGGAGACACAACAGGGACAAGUCCGCAUGAGGAUCAAGAUGUCCACCUACUACAAGGAGCUACAGGAAAUCACAGCGCUGAUCUGCAAAACCCUCCCGGAUAUCAGGAAGUGCUCGGCUGGCUGGAAGGUGUUUGAGAAGAGUUGCUACUACUUCUCUGUGGAGACCAUGAGCUGGCAGGACGCCAAGCAGAUCUGUUCGGAUGAAGGCUCUCACCUGGUUAUUGUUAACACGGAGCUGGAACAGAAGUUCCUAAAAGACAAUAUUAACAACAGCAGCACAUACUGGCUGGGAGUGACCGACGAGCUGGAGGAAGGCACCUGGCGCUGGGUUAACGGGGCCCCUGCGAGCAUCAGCUACUGGAACACAUGGAGAGAAAAUAAAGACGUAGACCAGCAGGACUGCGGCAGCAUCGGACCCGACGGCAUCUGGACCGACGACAAAUGCUCUCGCCUCCACCACUGGAUUUGCGAAAAGUCUUGGAACUGCUAACUUUGGGCGAGCGACUUUGAAGGCGCCCCCAGCGUCUCGGGGAAGCGAAAGAAGUCGGGGAGAUGCCGCCGGCGCGGCUCCGCUCCCGUUCGCCGCCUGCGAACGGGAGCGCGCGGGUUCGCAGGUCUGCAAAAGCCGUCGUCGCAGUCCAGCUACGCCUCGUGCUUGCAAGCCUGACCUGCAAAGCCUGCAAAAAAAUUGCGCGUUUCGGUUAAAGCCACUGGCAAGCGAGCUGCCGGCGACGCUCCAAC